AUGCGCGCAACGUCCAACUACAGACGAAGGAAUGCAGCGCGGACUGCCAGUCACAGCCCUUCCACAGGUCAUUAUAAGAAGCUUUUAUGGUUCAAACAACCUUUUCCGGACAAUUAUACAGAUGAGGCAACAUUUCUCGACCAUCUGCAAAGAAAUCCGCGGCUGCAACCAUACGAGUUCUGGUCGCUGAUGUCAGACGCUACCAUUAUCGUGCAGCAUCUUGCGUCCGUUAUCAUCUUCUGUUGCUGUUUCGUCGCAAUCUUCACUGGAAGAGUAUCGCCUGUGGCUAUUGUUGGCUGGGCAAGCUUAUUCAGUCUACUAGCCUGGGUGUUGUGGGACUAUUGGAUGGGACAACAAGGAGUGCCACACUCGUCCAACACAGCAGAUGCAAGCAUGAUUGGCGCGAAUGGCCCAAACCAACCAACAUCUUCGCGGCGGAUUCAACAGCGCCUUGCCACGCUUAAGUCUGCUGUACUGAUAUAUGCUGCUCUUCUGGGAUUGAGCCCUAUUCUGAAGUCACUAACACAAUCCACGACAAGUGAUUCCAUCUGGGCUUUGAGCACUUGGUUGCUCUUGAUAAAUGUGGCUUUCUUUGACUACAGUGGUGGUCCAGGCACACAGUAA